AUGUGUUCAAAUCCCAUAUGUUCAAUUGUCUUGUCAAAUAAUUAUAAAAGUUCAUUCUUAUUAUCCGAUAUAGUUUGUUAUUUGUUUUUAUUGUUAUUAGAAAAAAUUAUAACAUCAAGUAAAGAAGUCUUAUCAAUAAACAUGGAAAACUCCCUUCAUUAUAUAGAACUUUCUAAGAAUCCCAUAAGAUUCGAUUCAGUUAGUCAACUAACAAAUGUAUUCUUCGAUGAAUCCAACAAACAGAUUUUCGCCAUACGCUCAAAUGGCACCACAGGAGUCGUCGUCAAAGGCCCAACUGAAUCAUCUGUGAUUUCAUUUUGUAUGAACGAUCGGGGACCAAUUAGUUCGAUAAAAUUCUCCCCUGACAACCAAGUGCUAGCCAUUCAACGACGUGAUAAUUCUGUAGAGUUUAUAUGUUUCCAAGGCGAUCAGCCUCUUCUCGACAAGAUCAUAGUUCAUCAAGUUAAAAAUCCAAUCUAUGGAUUCGUUUGGGUGCAUACUCGGGAGUGUGCUCUCAUUUCAAUCACAGGGGUAGAAAUCUACACCGUUGUGGCUGAAAAGAGGCAGGUAAAACUUGUUAAGGCUUUAGCAAUGGCAGUGAAAUGGUUUGCCUGGUGCUCCGAAGGCAACAUAGCUUUGUUUUGCUCACCCGAUAAUAACAACCUGACUCCGAUCAUUAUCAAACAAAAGACUAUAACGAAACUUUCUAAACUAGAGUUGGGUAAUCCCAAUCGAGAAGUUCCCGAAAGUAAAGUAACUCUCAGUCAGGUUUAUGGGACUCUUGCUGUGCUAAUUCUUCAAACAAACCCAAAUGGCAUGAUGGAGGUCGAGGUGUACCUUCUGAAUGGUCCCGGAUUAGCUCCUAGGAAGUGUCAUAUCCUUCGUUUGGGACAUAGUGGACGUUUUGCCAUCAAUACUGUGGACAAUUUGAUUGUUGUUCAUCAUCAGGCUUCUUCGACAUCAUUGUUGUUUGAUAUUGCUUUGAGUGGAGAGACUUUCGAUGGAAUCACUUAUCAUGCUCCAAUAACAGCUGGACGUUCAAUAAGACCUUUUGCAUUGAAAAUACCAAGCAUUUCACUUGAUGAACGGACAAUGCAGUGUUCAUUGUAUUCUACUAACUGGGUGCUUUUUCAACCUAAUAUUGUGAUUGAUGCUAAGCUCGGAUGUAUGUGGUAUUUAUAUUUAAAAAUGGAACCACUUUGCUCGCUCAUAACGGACCGAGUAAGAUUGGUGGAGUUCUUACUGCAGCGAACAUGUGGAAAGCCAAUUUUGCUUAAGGUCCUCAAACAGUUGGUUGACGAGCAAUUCAAUGGAACACUUUUACCAAUUUUGGAGAGUAUUUUUGACAAAAUAAAUGAAGUAUAUGAAUCUUGGGUGCAACUACAACUCCAGACACAAACAGCUCAACCCUCGACUGUUAAGACCCUUCCCAAGUUGCCAGCACCUCCACGGGUUCUCAUCGAUCAAAGUGACAUGCACAAUUCUGUCUUCACACUCAUUGCCGAACGAUCCUAUACGGAAACGGUUCUAAUACUAUAUUUGCAAUCCUUGAGCAAACACAACAUUGCCGCUCAAGAAGAUCUAAGCAAAAUGAUUAUCACUGAAUUGAUAAGAAAUCGUAAUUUCGAUACUCUUCGGAGAUUGGUUGAAUUCUCGCUCAUAAUGGAAUCCAAACCAAUUGCAUGUUUUUUACUUUCAUACUCCAAUAUAAAUCCUGCAAUAUCACAAAUUGCUCUUGAUAUGCUGAGUAAAAUAAAAGCAACUGAGAUUAUUAUCGAAGUACUACUCGGACAAGGAAAAGUUGUUGAUGCACUUAGAUUGGCAAUCAAUUUAGCUGAUGGUGAAACUAUUUCCGCUCGAAAAUAUCUCGAAGCUGCUCAGAAAUCCAAUGAUGAUUUAGUUUUCCAUACUGUUUUUACGUAUUUUAAAUCGAGAAAUAUGCGUCAACGUGGAUCGCCUGAAUUCUUGAAAAGUGAACAGUGUUAUGAAUUUAUGACGUACUACAACAACUUAUACAACCCAGGACACAGUUCUUCUGAAGUAAGAUAAAGUUUCUGCAAUAUUUUAUAGUUUUAAAAAAUGUUCUUUGUAUAUUAUUUAUGUAUUAUGUUAAUCGUUUAAUAAAUUGACUAUAUUUUAUGAUCUCUA